AUGGCUUCCAGGAAGGCCCGUCAGAGGAUUAGCUAUGUCCUCGAAGAUAACCGAACCUCGGCGGGCGGUCACCGUCUCGGCGUCCUGGGAAUUGCCGUCGACACGGAUAACGACAUCCUCUACUCUGGCGGACGAGAUGGCACGAUAUGCGCCUGGGACCUACGACACGGCACCAAUGGAUCGGAGACCGACAAGUCACAAUCGCCCGGCUCGACGACGACGACGACCAAGACGACCAAGACGACGUUCCGCGCCCAGACGCAGGCCCACACGCACUGGAUCAACGACAUCGUGCUGGCGCAGAACAACACGGCGCUGGUGUCGGCUUCGUCCGACCUGACCGUCAAGGUAUGGAGGCCUCACAGCGAGGAGGGGGGGCAGGCUGAGGCGCGGCCGAUCGGCACGCACGCCGACUACGCCAACCGCGUGGCGGCGCCGCCGGCCGAUAUGGGCCUCAACUGGGUGGCGUCGGGCGGGCUGGACCGCAAGGUGUGCCUCUGGGACCUGAGCGGCGCGGGAAAGACGCUCGAGAUCGACGUCACGGGCGAGGACCAGCCGGAGAAGGGGUCGGUGUACGCGCUGGCCGUCGGCCGCAGCGUCCUGGCCGUCGGCAGCCCGGAGAAGACGGUGCGGCUGUACGACCACCGGUCCGGGUCGAGGGUGUCCAAGCUCGUCGGCCACGUCGACAACAUCCGGUCCAUACUCAUCGAUGACGCGGGGGAGACCAUCCUCAGCGCCAGCGCCGACAAGACCAUCAAGAUGUGGAGCGUCAGGGGCGGCCGAUGCGUCUACACCUUCACCAUGCACGACGAGCCCGUCUGGUCCCUCCACUCCACCGACCCACGCCUCGCCGUCUUCUACAGCACCGACCGCUCCGGCCUCGUUGCCAAGACGGACAUCCGCCGCUCCCUCUCCGCCUCGUCCUCCUCUCCCUACGGCGACAUGGACGACGGGCUCAGCCUGGCCAUCGCAAAGGAGCACUCGAGCGUGUGGAACGUCGCCGCCGCCGGCGGCUCCAUCUGGACCGCCACCGGCCAGUCGUCCAUCAACCGAUGGGAUGAUACUGAUCCGGAGGAGGUCAAGCCGAUAUACCAGCUUCCCGCCGAGACCGUAGAAGGUCUCUUCGGUCUGCUCAAGCACAAGCUGCUCAAUGAUAGGAGGCGGGUCCUUACGCUCGAUACGGCCGGCGAAGUCGUCAUGUGGGAUCUCAUCAAGUGUAGACGCAUCGAGAGCUUUGGGAAACAGCAUCUGGAAGAUGUCGAGGCCGUCGUCAACACGCGAGAGGCCGUGGCGCCAUGGUGCAGCAUCGACCUGAGCUCGGGCAAUCUCACCGUCGUGCUCGAGCAGUACAACUGCUUCGACGCCGAGGUAUAUGCCGACGAGCUAGAGUUGGAUGAGCCCGUCGAGUUUCGGGAAGACCAAAGAAUCUCCCUCGGACGUUGGAUCCUUCGGUACCUCUUUGCCAACCUGAUUGACGAGGAGCUCAAGCGUGAUGAGGACUAUCGCCGCACGCUCAACCAGGGCAUUGAGAGGCGACGAGCCAAUGCCCCGGCUUCCAUAUCCCUGCCGCAAGCCGACGACGUGUCUGCCGACCCCAACGCUGAGCGCGCGACGACCCCCAAGGCCAACGGGAUGCACCUGUCCCUCGCGACGCCAGGACUGGCUGUCAACCAGGCCACCCCGCUAGCGGGAAGCAGCCACUCGGGUGCCACCUCCGUGGCCGCGGGCGCGACGCCCAUAAGCCCGCUCGAGAAGCGCACGUCGCACACGAGCCGCCCGUCCGGAGAGAACAGCAGUGACUACUUCGCCUCGACCACCAUCGGGCCCGUGGACGCGUCGCCCAAGCAGCCAGCACCGUUGGGGACGUCGACGACGACAGGAGACGCAAGCGACAAGUCCAGCAACGACAAGGCGGCGGGCAGCGGCGGCGGCGGCGGCGGCGGAAAGUCCCCCGUCACACCGUUCGGUAAGAAGUUCCGCAUGUCGUUCGGUACCAAGAAGCUAGGCCGGUCGGGAUCCCAGGCGACGCAGGACAGGCCUGCGGUCGUGGACGAGAAGGCCGAUGAAUCCGAGUCGUCGUCCAACCACGACAAGGACAGCAGCAGCAAUGGAAGGGGGGAAAGGGACAGGCCAGCCGGCGAGGUGGAGGAUAACCUGUACGGGGUGAUCCAGAAGCUGCGCAACGACUACGACCGGCAGCUCUCCGAGUCGCCGGACAGGCCGGUGGAGACGGGCCUGACGCCCAGCCUGCCCAGCGAGACGCCCGUGCUCAAGCUGCCGCCGUCGACCAAGAUCUUCAUCCAGGAGGACACGUCGGGCAGCGCGGCCAACAUCUACGAGGGCACCGUAGGCAGCGCCGGAGACGACGCCGACGUCAUCGAGCAGAGGGCCCCCAAGUGGUUGGGGCACGUGCUCCUACAGAACCAGGUCGCCUUCAAGGACACCAACAAGAUCUCCUUUGUCCUGCACCCCUGGGGCGACCUGCUGCCUCCCGUGUCCACGGCCGCGACUGCCGCCAGUUCCACGUCUGCGUCCGAUGGCGCCAGCAACCGCCUCAAUGCGAAUAGGAUGCUGCGUGUCAAGAAGAUCCUCGCCUACGUCUGUGAGAGGAUCGAGGUCCAGGAUGAUGACGAUGACGACGGUGACAAGAUGCAUCCGGAGGAGUAUCUUGAACUGUACUGCAACGAAGAGCUCCUUGACCCGUACAUGAGCCUGGCAACACUACGCACUCACGUCUGGAAAGGUGGCAACGAUAUCAUCCUGUACUACAAGGCCAACGGACGCAAGGAGAUGAAACUGCUGAGUCAGGUAUCGGAAUCAACAGCAGCAGCGGGGACAUCGUCUUCGGAGAAUGGGGCUUCUUCAGAAUCUGCAGAGGUAUCGGGCGAAGUUGCGGCGACGAAUGGUACGACGGCCAAUAUUGGACAGGCAGUUUAA